AUGAGGAUCGGAUUUAUUGGAGCCGGAAAAAUGGCCCAAGCUCUGGCCAGGGGGCUUAUUCAUUCAGGUAGGGGUUUAAGGCACUGCAAAAAUUUAUACAACAACCGGCAACGGCAGAGAUGAUUUUAAUUUGGGAAAUUUCUUCAAUAAAAUGUUUUACAGGUAAAUACGACGCUUCAAAAAUGAUUGCCAGCUGCCCAAAAGCCGAUUACAAACUCCUCGAUGAAUGCAAAGUAAGGCGAAAUAUUUUUCCAAAAAUUUUCUUAUAGACUAUUGGAAUCAACACGACGCAUGAUAACACGGAAGUCGCGAAGAACUCGGAUGCGAUUUUCUUGGCUGUGAAACCUCUGCAUGUCAGUAAAGUGGUAUCUGAACUCGCCCCAAUCAUACGAAGAGAACAUUUGUUGAUCUCGAUUGCACUUGGAAUCACUAUUAGAUACAUUGAAACGGUAAAAAAUUUACGUUCAAAGAAUUGCGUGUUUUCAUCCUCGGGGUUUCAACUUUUCUCUUUACAGUUGGUCCCUGCAAAAACUCGAGUCGUCCGAGUAAUGCCAAACACUCCGGCGUUGGUGAGCGCCGGCGCUUCAGCUUAUUCAAUGGGUGCAGCUUGUUUGGAUGGUGACUCGCAAACCGUUGAAGACAUGCUUGAGACCGUUGGCUAUGCCGUUGAAGUUCCUGAAUUAUAUCUUGACCCAAUCACUGGCCUCAGUGGAUCGGGACCUUCUUAUGUAAGUCGACUUGGCUUCGUGAAGUUGAAAUUUUCCUUACGAGUUGACCAUUGUUAUAAAGUUUAGGUCUUCGCCAUGAUUGAAGGGUUAGCUGACGGUGGCGUGAAACAAGGGCUUCCUCGUGACUUAUCCAUUCAGCUCGCUGCUCACACCUUCCAUGGUGCCGCUAAAAUGGUCCUGGAAACCGGAGAGCAUCCAGCCAUCUUGAAGGAAGCCGUCCAAAGUCCUGGAGGCUCCACCGUCUAUGGAAUCCACGAAUUGGAGAAAGGCGCUCUCCGUGGACUGAUUGUUAAUGCCGUCGAAGCUGCGACGAAACGAUCCCGUGUAACUGGAGAGAAUCUCUUGCCAAAGACGUCAGUAAUUUAUCGCAAUGACUAAGGUGUAGGAAUAAGCAGAGGGGUUUCGAACUCUUAAAUUAUUUGGAAAAGGUUUUUAGAAUAAAUAGUUUUUUCUGAGUAACUUUGUCCAUUGACUUUGCAAAUUUUAGGGAGAAACGAAACGAAGAAGACGAAGGAAUUGAGAAAGAUGAAGAUGAUGCACGAAGUAAUUAG